AUGGCGGCGAGUCAGGGAGGUGGUGGUAACAGUGGGGGCGGCGGCGGUGGAGGUGGAAGUAGCGGUGGCUGUGGCGCUGCCGGAGGAGGCGGUGGAGCAGGAGGCGGGGGAGGCGGCGGCGGGACCGCGGUGCUGCCCAUCCCGGUACCGACUCUUUUCGGUCAGCCUUUCCCUCACGGGCCGCAGUGGAACCCGGGGAGCUUGCAGCCUCAGCACACCGCGAGGAGCCUGGACCGGGCCCUGGAGGAGGCGGGCAACUCAGGCAUCCUGAGCCUCAGCGGCAGGAAACUCCGAGACUUCCCGGGCUGCGGCUACGACCUGACGGACACCACCCAAGCAGACCUUUCAAGAAAUCGUUUUGCAGAAAUUCCUUCUGAUAUCUGGUUAUUUGCACCUCUUGAAACAUUAAAUUUAUAUCAUAAUUGCAUUAAAACCAUUCCUGAAGCCAUUAAAAACCUGCAGAUGUUAACGUACCUUAACAUUAGUCGAAAUCUUUUAUCAACAUUGCCAAAAUACUUAUUUGACCUUCCUCUUAAAGUUUUGGUCAUCAGUAAUAAUAAACUGGUAUCCAUUCCAGAAGAAAUUGGGAAGUUAAAAGAUUUAAUGGAAUUGGAUAUUAGCUGCAAUGAAAUUCAGGUUCUUCCCCAACAAAUGGGAAAAUUACAUUCACUUAGAGAGCUCAAUAUAAGAAGAAAUAAUCUUCAUGCAUUGCCGGAUGAAUUAGGAGAUCUUCCCUUAGUCAAGCUGGAUUUCUCUUGUAAUAAAGUGACCGAGAUUCCUGUUUGUUACAGGAAGCUGCAUAAUUUACAAGUAAUAAUUUUGGAUAACAAUCCAUUGCAAGUACCACCAGCGCAGAUAUGUUUAAAGGGUAAAGUACACAUAUUUAAAUACUUAAGUAUCCAAGCAUGUUGCAGAAUGGAUAAGAAACCAGAUUCUCUGGAUCUUCCAUCAUUGAGUAAAAGAAUGCCCUCCCAACCUCUCACAGACAGUAUGGAAGAUUUUUAUCCAAAUAAAAAUCCUGGCCCUGACUCUGGAAUUGGAAGUGAUAAUGGAGAGAAACGAUUAUCUGCAACCGAACCAUCAGAUGACGACACAAUCAGCCUUCACUCUCAAGUCUCAGAAUCAAAUAGAGAGCAGACAUCAAGAAAUGAUAGUCACUCCGUUGGAAGUAAACCUGAUUCUCAGAAAGACCAGGAAGUGUAUGAUUUUAUUGACCACAACACAGAAGAUGUAGCAGUUGCCGAACAAGGAGAUACACAUAUUGGAUCCUUUGUCUCUUUCUUUAAGGGAAAAGAAAAAGGUCCUGAAAAAUCUCAGAAAAAUGAAGAAUUAGGAGAUGAGAAAAGACUUGGAAAAGAAGUUGCAGAGGAAGAUGAUGAUUUGAAGGCAGUAGCCACUAAGUUAUUGCAUCAAGAGCAAAAGAACAGGAUUCUUAAUCAUUCAACUUCUAUUACAAGAAACAAGCCAAAAGAAAAUGUGGAAUGCGAAAAGAGUGUCUCAGUAGAUGAAGUUAAUUCACCAUUAUCACCACUCACAUGGCAGCCCUUAGAUAAUCAGAAGGAUCAAACAGAUGAACAACAGUGGCCAGAAUCUCAACCUAUAAUCUGGCAGAGUGAAGAAAGGAGGCGGAGCAAACAGAUUAGAAAAGAAUAUUUCAAGUAUAAAUCAUCAAGGAAGAGUUCAAGUGGCAAUGAAAAUGAUGAGCAAGACAGUGAUAAUGCUAACAUGUCACCACAAUCUCCAGUAUCAUCUGAGGAAUAUGAUAGAACUGAUGGUUUUUCACAUGGUCCUUUUGGCUUGAAGCCAAGAUCAGCUUUUAGCCGCUCAUCUCGCCAAGAAUAUAGGGCAGCAGAUCCUGGAUUUACAAUGAGGAGAAAGAUGGAACAUUUACGGGAAGAAAGAGAGCAAAUACGACAACUUCGAAAUAAUCUUGAAUCCAAGUUGAAAGUAAUUUUGCCUGAUGACAUUGGAGCUGCACUGAUGGAUGGGGUUGUUCUUUGCCAUUUAGCCAAUCAUAUAAGGCCACGCUCUGUAGCUAGUAUUCAUGUGCCAUCACCAGCUGUGCCUAAACUGAGCAUGGCAAAAUGUCGAAGAAAUGUAGAAAAUUUUCUUGAUGCUUGUAAAAAGUUGGGUGUUUCACAGGAAAGACUCUGUUUGCCUCAUCAUAUUUUGGAAGAAAGAGGUCUUGUGAAAGUUGGUGUCACAGUUCAGGCUCUUCUUGAAUUACCUACAACCAAGGCAUCUCAGCUUUCUAUGGCUUAA